AUGGGAUUCAUAAAUGAAGGCUUUCAAAGUUUCAAAGCUGAAAUCGAGACCAUCCGGCAGGAAGUCACCGAGGCUACUAACCGUAGCCUGGGAAGCCAGAAAGAGUGCCAAAGGCUAGAAAAAGAGUUGAGGGACAUCAAGCGAGAAAUCAUAGCGUUAAAGCAAUACAGUAGACGGAACAACAUUGAACUGAAGGGAGUAUCAUUGACCGAGGGAGAGGACGUUGCCGAUAUAGUUCUGAAAGUGGCCACUUUUCUCAAGGCCAAACUUUCCGGGCAAGACGUUGAUGUCGCACAUAGGGUGCCGACUAAGGGAUCUGGGCCGCCCAACAUAGUAGUAAAGUCUGUUGCAAGGCAUGUACGAGACAGCAUUCUGACUGCGGCCAAGAAAAACAGGCGGAAUGUAGGAUCCCUCGGGUUCCAAGGAAGUGAGCCAGUCUAUGUGAAUGCCCACCUAUGCCCCGAAAAUAAGGUCCUGCUCAGCAAGAGCAUUCAGGCCAAAAAAGAAAGGAACUGGAAAUUCGCCUGGUUUGCAGACGACAAAGUAUUAAUGUGGAAAUCGGUAAACUUGAAAGUCGUGCACGUUACAUGCAAAGAUGACCUGUCCGAAAUUGUGUGA